GUACUAAAUAGGCGAGAGAAAGAGAUGCAAGCUCCGUGACACCGGUGCAAUGCAGCUUUGAAGCCUCGCAUCUCUGAAAUUUGUAACUAAUGUGCUGAUUGUCUGAAGCUGUGCAGUGACCAGCCAUGGAAAAUGACCAAAGUACAACAACAUCAACCACUACGACAACAGUCAGCACGUCGCCCAGGACACAGGCACCACAAAUAUCUGUCUACAGCAGCUCUGACAGACAAGCUGUUCAAGUAAUCCAGCAAGCUCUGCACCGCCAGCCUAGUACUGCAGCCCAGUAUCUGCAGCAGAUGUAUGCGGCACAGCAGCAGCAUUUAAUGCUGCAGACUGCAGCCCUCCAGCAACAACACCUGAGCAGCACACAACUGCAGAGCCUAGCAGCUGUCCAACAGGCAGGUGGGCGUCAGUCUUCUUCACCUACAGGGAGCAUCAGCCAACAAUCAAGUGUGUCACAGACCUCAAUUAACCUCUCAGCAUCUCCUUCGGCUACUCAGCUGAUCAGUCGUGCUCAGACCACUAGCACUUCAGGCAGCGGAAUCACCCAGCAAGCCAUGCUUCUCGGCAACACCACCCCCACUCUCACAGCAAGCCAGGCGCAGAUGUACCUCAGGGCCCAAAUGGUUCAGAAUCUGGCCGUUCGGAGCCAGCAGUCAGGUGCCUUACCUGCGUCAUCCCCUCAGAGUGUUCCAUUAAAAGGUACCUGUCAAACACAGCAACUCCCGAUGAGCCACACAAAGCAGGCAGGGCAAGGAGCUGGCCCUAAAACCAACCAACACGACUCAGCCCCUGAAAGCACCAAGAAAGGAGAGAGCCUGACGUCAGUCAGCCCUGAGACCCGGGUGUCCACGGUGACCCGGUUACAGAUGCCAGCAAACACACAGCAAUUAAUAGCUCCUGCACCCUACACACCAAUUCAAGCACACCAGCUGAUUAAACAGCAGCAGAUUCCACUUCACCAAGGAACGCCGAAAGCACACCAUCAACUUAUCAUCCAGCAGCAGAUCCAACACAGACAGCAACUGCAGCCUCUAGCGCUUCAGGCCCAGGGUUCUGACCCUCCACAGUCUCAGCAUUGCCUGCCAGUCCAACCCCACAGUCAAUCGCUAAUCCAGGCCUCUUCUCAAUCGCCACACUGUAUAUCAACCCAGGCCCAUAGCCAACCACUGAGCCAACCUUCAGCUCACUCUCAUCCUCAAAGCCAGCAGCAGACAGUUGUGGUCUCUCCAGUACCUUCUCAGUCGCCGCCUAGCCCAUCAGCAUCAACGAUCAUCAUCCAGCCACAGGCACUAAUACAGACGCAGUCUCACAGCCUGGUUCACACGCAUCUACCAUUGGGCUCCAGCCAGCAGCAAACCUCAAGUCAUGUGCCACCAAACCAACAGCCACAGCCAGCGCACUUACUGCCUGCUCAUCGCUCACCGGUGGCUCAGAUUGGGCCAUUGCGACAAUCAAGCCCAGUGACUAUGCACUUACCUGCACCAUCCCAGCAGCAACAUUCAACACUGGUAUCACCUUCACAAGAGGUCCCAUCAACAGCCCCAGGCCACCUCCAGCGACUGCCCUUGCAAUCAGUGCAGAACCUAACGGUACCAUCAGACAUUGUUUCCUCUACUCAAGUACUACCACAGACUGUUCUACAUUCAAGGGAACAACUCCCUGCUGCCCAGGCUCUGAUUCAAAUGCCCUUCCAGGCUCUUCCCCCACCCCAGACUAUUGCUGUUAACCUGCAAGUCCAGCCUUCAGCUCCAGUGGAUGCGCCACUGGUCUACCCUGUGGAAGACCAGGAGAUGAGGGAGGACCAGGAAGAAUGCUAUGCUGCACACAGACCAAUUUCACCACCUCCCUCUGAGUCUGAAUCCUGUAUCUCUACAGCACAAGGAGAAGCUCUGUCAGCUGUGGACAUUUGCCAAGAACGAGCAGUGCCCCCCAAUGUGACCUCAGCAAGUGCUUCUGUUAUCAGGUCCUCUGCAGACACCUUGAGAUUCUCCAGUUCCUCAUCUCUUAUUGUCCCACCUGCAAAACUGAAAACCAAUGGCGCAGUCUCUUCCAGCAACCUUCCUGGGAUGGACAACAAGCCACCACAGGCUAUUGUGAAACCGCAGAUCCUCACUCACGUCAUCGAAGGGUUUGUUAUUCAGGAGGGACUGGAGCCAUUCCCUGUGAGCCGCUCCUCGCUGUUGACUGAGCAGCCAGUCAAACAGAAGGUGCACUGUGAAGGGCCAGCCACAUCCCCCACCUCUGUCCAGUCAGUAGGUGAGCUCCAGAGCAACUCAGGCAAACAGCUGGAAGGGUCUCUGGACAGCGAUUUGGAUGACCUUACUGGUGAAGAAGGGAUGGAGGGCAGUGAUCCAGACAUGCUGAAGUGUGAGUUCUGUGGGAAAAUGGAUUAUGCUCACAAAUUCAGAAGAUCAAAGCGUUUCUGUUCUAUGUCAUGCGCUAAAAGGUACAAUGUUGGCUGCAGUAAACGAAUGGGGCUUUUUAAAUCAGACAAGAGCACACGUUGGACAAAGAAAACAGAAUCCCAUGGGUUUAAUCGACGAGGAAGGAGACCAAACACUGUUGAAGGAGCAUCAGCUGAUCACUUUAUGAGACAGAUGCCUGUUAGCUUCACUCCUGUAGAAGAGGCUACAACGACCUCCAACCCAUCACUUCCUGAAGAAACGGUUGCUGUUGCCAUGACGACACGCCGCCGGCAGAAUGAGCGGGAACGUGAACGGGAAAUGCGAGAACAGAGGAUGAGAGAGGUGUCAGACUGCAGUGAAACACUACAUGUUGACCCAACGAUGUGGACAGUUGAUCAUGUAUGGGAGUUCAUACACUCUCUACCAGGUUGCAAGGAUAUUGCCGAUGAAUUUCGAUCCCAGGAGAUUGAUGGCCAGGCUCUGCUCUUGCUGAAGGAGGACCACCUAAUGAGUGCCAUGAACAUCAAACUUGGCCCAGCACUCAAAAUCUGUGCUCGGAUUAACAUGCUUAAGGAAUCGUAAACUUCUCAUCUCCAGCAGAUCAGCUGCUAAAUUCGCCCAUUUUGUUGAUCACUGAUUUAAGAAGAGAAUGUAUUAAAAUCUGAGCAAGUGCUAAGGUACAGCAGUUUAUAUACUGACAAGGAGCUUGUGGUGGACCAGAGAGCAAGGAGUCAGAAAAUGAAACCUGAAGAAUUUUGUCUUUAGACCAACACUCCAAACUGAACUUACCAGCUUUCUUAAUGGGAACUUGCCUUUGACAGAUCUUUGCAAAAAGUUGAAACAUGCCAAUCCAAUUCAUGCCAUUUUGUUGCCAAGGUUUGAAUUAGUCAUAGUGUUGUUGUAAUAAAUGUAACCUGACUUGCAGCCACUGCUCCCCCUCACAUUCAUCUCUCUGCUCUGAUCAUAAUAUAUCCUUAUUCAUUUCUAUGGUUUACAAUCAAUCUCUUCUUAGCAAUCAAUCUAUCAAUCUCUUCUUAGCAU